UUCGGGAGCAAAAUUGCGCGACCAAUCAGAGGCGUUCACAUUUCUUAUCAAUAUUUGUUAAUAAUAUAUAUUUCAAAUAAAAUAAAAAUUCAGUAGAUUGCAUUUACCAUGAAGAAUUGCGAACGUGUUUUAUUCAUUUUUCAAUUUCACGCUAUGGUCUGACUCUAUAUGAGAUUUCAACUUUUCUUAGUUUGUGAAUGAUUUAUUGCAUGAUAAAUUAGGGCAUUGUACACUAUUAAUAUUUUUGGAUUCCUUAGAGCCACAAGUAAUUGAGUGUCGCUUUAAAGUUCUUUUGUUACUAAAAUAUUUGUUACACACUAAGCACUUAUUAAGCUCUUUCGUGUUACUGGUUCCAAUUUCCAACUCUUCCAUAUUAUUAUGUAUAAAUAAUUAAAAGUAGGUAAUUAACAAAAAUAAUAGUUAAUAAUAAUUAAGUAUAACGCCUGUAUGAUUGAAGAUUAUAUCACAGAAUAAAAUAAUAUCAAUAUAUUAUCACCACAGAAUAUAACAAUAUCACCUUAUAUUUUGUAUAAAGAAUGAUAAGAAAUGUGAUUUUAACCUUCGACCAUAUAAACUAUAUAAACUAGUUUAUAUGGUCGAAGAUUUUAACAAAUAUUGAUAAGAAAUGUGAACGCCUCUGAUUGGUCACGCAAUUUUGCUCUCGAGACCAUAGACAUAAUAUAUUAUGUCUAUGCCCGAGACGCUCGUAUUAGUAGAGAUAAGCAUUCACGGUGAUAACAAACAACCAUUGACACCACUUACAAGCGGUACAUCUACACUGUACUUACUGCCCUAAAAAUAUUUGUAAUCGUACCUAAUACAGUUGUAGUGAACAGUUAUUUUUUACUAUGGAAAAUAUCAUCCACCGUAUGAAACAAUAAUCGAUUUACAUUAUUGUCUGUGUUUGAAUUUUACGCUUGUACCUCCGAAUCAUCUCCAACAAACGCACUUAGUCUCGUCAUACGUAAUUGAAAUUCAUUUAAAAAAUAUAUAUAUAUAUAUAUAUAUAUAUAUAUAAUAGCCAGACCAGUGAAUUUGGGAAUUCAGAAAAAUGUCUUCAGAAAAUGGGAAAAGUGGAAUUCCAUCCAAUGAGGAAGUGAUAAACGAACUUACAAAAGACUUAAAGAAUUCAGCUAUCAAAACCGAUUCUUGUGGUGAUAAUGACGUGUCACAUGUGAGUGAAUUGGAUUCAGAAGCUGAAAUUCCUUUAAAUGAAGAAAAUGAAAUUAGAGAUGAAGAUUACAUUAAUGACAAACUAUUAAAAGAAAGAGAUGAAAAAUUAUCAGAAGAAGAAAAACGGAAUUUAUUACAAGAAGCUCUAGGCUUGAAAAAUGAAGGCAAUGUUAAAUUUAAAAAUCAAGAACAUGAAGAAGCUUCCAAAACAUAUACGAAUGCAUUACGCAUUUGUCCUUUAAUGUUUCCUAACUAUAGAGCUAUAUUUUUUGCAAAUCGAGCUGCAGCCAAAUCCAAUAUUAAUAUAGAAAGUGCUAUUCAAGAUUGUACUCGCGCUAUUGAAUUGGAUCCUAAUUAUUUAAAGGCAUAUAUCAGACGUUCAAAAUUGUUUGAACGUAAUGAUAAACUUGAUGAAGCAUUAGAGGAUUUAAAAAAAGUACUUGAUAUUGAUCGAAACCAUGUUGAAUCGGCAUACAAUGCUAGAAUAUUACAAGAAAAGAUAAAUGAGCGGAAUGAAAAACUGAAAACCGAAAUGAUGGCUAAACUUAAGGAUUUAGGUAACAUGGUAUUGAAACCAUUUGGUUUAUCAACCCAAAAUUUCCAAGUCAACCAAGACCCAAAUACCGGUGGAUACUCAAUAAACUUUAAACAAUAAUUACAAUUAAAA